CAGUUUGUUAUGGGGACCCAUGGGAGCCUCUGAAUGACACCUGGAAGUCCCCACAUUGACGGAGCAACAGAGCUGCAGUGUGGAUGCUGCAUACCGGAGGAGGUGCGGCAGAGCAGAUUUGGGAGGAGAGGAGAGCGCUGUUGUUCCGUCAAAAACUCAAAGUCUGUCGAGCCCAGUCAGUCAGUGUAUUGUUGAAAACGGGAGCGGCGGGCUGCAGAAGUUGCCUGUCCCAUCACUCAGAAACUUGUCAGCUAACUUUUCGGAUUGUUUGAUUUUUUAUGAGAGGAGGAAAGCGAGGGGAUAAGAAGGUGAAACUGCGAGCGUCCGCGCGAGGGAAUGGAGAAGCACAAAGUGCUGGACCAGCUCCUGAUGGAGCUCCACCGCUUCCUGCUCAUCCUGGACAAGGAGACCCUGAGUGGGAAUGCUACCAUCCAGAAGGGCUUGCUCUCCGAUCUCCUCCAGUCCUACAAAGCCUCCAAUGGUGCUGACGAGGAGUAUAUCUACAUGAACAAAGUCAUUGUUACCGGGAAGGACAAAGAUGACAAAGAUGGCAGAUCAGAUGCCCAGGUCCCACAGAAGAGCCUUCCCAACCUGCCACCCCCCAGAGCAGGUGUGGUGGGUCGGGAGCCGUUCCCUUUACCUGCAGUUCCUUCUCCAGCCUGUAUAGACACCUCAGAGAGUUACUAUGAGGAGGCUCAGCCCUAUGAGGAAACUUUCAAUGAUCUGGACUGUUUUGGCCUCCUCUCAGGGCCCUGGAUGCGAGUGCAGAGCUCUGACAGUGUGGUCUAUGCUGUUAUCAACAGGGAUGAUGGGGAGGCAGUUAGCAGUUCAUACGAGUCUUAUGAUGAGGAGGAAGUGACCAGAGGAAAGUCACCGUCCGCACAGCACCAGUGGCCGUCAGCGGAGGCGUCCAUUGAGCUGAUGAAGGACGCUCGGAUCUGUGCUUUCCUGUGGAGGAAGAAGUGGCUGGGCCAGUGGGCCAAACAGCUGUGUGUCAUCAAAGACCAUCGCCUGCUGUGCUAUAAGAGCUCCAAGGAGCAGACACCUCUGCUGGAUGUGAGUCUGUCUGGCUGCAGUGUUGUCUACAAGGAGAAGCAGCUGAAGAGAAAAGAGCACAAGCUGAAGAUCAUUCCAGUGGGAGGGGAGGCCAUCGUGCUGGGCCUACAGAGCAAGGAGCAGACAGAGCAGUGGCUGAGGGUGAUUCAGGAGAUCAGUCCCAAGCCAACUGAUAACUGUGACCCCCAACACUCUGUGUCUGACUCCCCAAGGCUCAUUUGUACAAAGGGAGAGCUGAGUGAGAGAUACUCGGUGGCUUCAGAGAGCAGCAGCAGCAAUGACAGCCAUGCUGAGACUCCCGAAAUCAAAGAUGUGAAGAAAAAAAGUAGUGCAGGUUUGAAGUUCAGCAACCUCAUGAACAUUGGCAAGAAAAAACCCUCCUCAUUAGAGAGCCCCGAGAAAUGUGUGGACACCUCAGGCUACCUCAACGUGUUGGUGAACAGCCAAUGGCGGACCUGCUGGUGUCUUAUAAAGAACGGUCAGCUAUGGUUUUACCAGGACAAAGGCAAAAACAAAAUGAGCCAGCCAGCUGUGACCCUGGAGGGCUGCAGUGUUUUGCCCGACCCCAGCCCUGAGCACCUGUACUCCUUUAGGAUUGACAUGGACGGCACACAGCUGGCAACACUAGAGGCUAAGACGUCCGAAGACAUGGGCCAUUGGCUGGGCCUCUUGCUGUCACAGACAGGGAUCAAGACGGACCCCGAGGAGCUGACGUACGACUACGUCAACGCUGAGAGGAUCUCCAGCAUCGUCAGUGCUGCCAAGACUUCCUUAUACUUUAUGGAGAGGAGGUAUUCAGAGCCAAACACCUACAUAGACACCCCACGCUCCAUUCCUCACAACUCUGACGAACUGUAUGACGAUGUGGCGUCAAUAGCUGAUCCAGAGGAUGCUGAAGAGAGCGGCCUGCCAGACAGUGAAAACAACAGUCUGCAGAAACAUAAGGAAACAUGCUCAGUGGGAACAGAACAGGACUCUGAAAGCAGGAUUUACCUGGACCUAAUCCCUGUACACUCCUUCCUCCAUACGUCCAUUGGGGGUAAAGCGCCCCCUGCCAAAGAAACUAGACAUUCGCCAGUCCCAGUAGAGGACCAGAAGGACCCCUCAUCUCAAAUGAAAGAGGUCAUUUCAUCUAACCUUACUGAGCCAGACUCAACACCGGUGUUAAAUGGAACAAGUUCGACCUCUGCUACCAGCAAACCAGAACAAGAGUGCCCCCUGACUCCUACUCCACCGCAGCCACAAACUCAGCCAGUCAAGACCUCAUCCCAAAGCCAGGAGAGCCCCAAGAGGACCAGCCUGGGAAUCCCACAGGCCUUCAUCUCCUCUGGGGUACAGAUCCACAAAGGCCCAACGUUUCAGAGUGCUUCCGGGCUCCCUCACAGUCCUCAACCCCUGCGGCCCAAAGCACAUACCAUUGGAUGUCCUGGUGCAGUCGAAGGGAAACUGGGCAAAAACCGCACAGAGGCAGACCUGCGGCGCUACAUCGAUGAGCGCGACCGCUUGGAGAAAGAGAGGGAGGAGGUGAGGAGCAGUCUGGCAAACCUGAAGAAGGAGAGGAGGGAAAGCAAAGAAGAGCUCAAUGCCUGCCAAGAUCCCAAGCAGCAGGCCUCAUUAGAAGCUCGUUUGAAGCAGAAGGAGGAGGCGUGUCGGGAGGCGGAGCACCGCAGGGUAGAGGUUGAGCUACGCCUGGUAGAAGUGAAGGAAUGUCUGAAGAAGGUGGAGUCAGGGCCUUUCACACUGGGAACCACACUGGACAGCAGCCUCCAGGACACACCCACGCCUAAAGCAGCAACCCUGCCUGCUCCCCAGACAUCAUCAUCGCCAUCAUCCCAACCCUCCAACAGCAACUUCACCGCAGACCCAGCCUCCCCAGUCAACUCUGCCUCUGCGCUAAAGAACAGACCUGCCUCCAUCAUGGGCAACAAAGGCAACGUCCUGCAGAAAGCUAAAGAGUGGGAGAAGAAAUCCUCCACCUACAAGGAAACCUGAAUGGCCUUUGACCUCUCAAAUCUACAAGUUUCUCUUGGUCUGUGUCGGCUGUACGCAACUUUUCCUGCUUUAGCAAGGAACCGCCGAGUUAACGGACCAGAGUUAAAUCAACACCCACAGUUCUCUGGGUCCUUCAUCCUCAUCACCUCUUUGCCAAGACUAUAAAGAGCCAAUCAAUCAGAGAGCAGUCUUCUCAAAUACCACUGGAUAAUGUUAGUUUCAAUGACUUUCAAGUUGUUUUUCUCCAUUUGCUAAAGCGAGGACAUUGAUGUAGUAGCAUUUUGGCCAGUCUAACAAUUGAUAAUGAUGCACAAAUGGGAUUCAACAAAGAAAACAGCCAAACAUUUGAAAACCACUUUAGUUUAAGACAGAAAAUUGGCCAUUUUGUACACUCCAGAUUGCUUGGUUCAUAUAUGCUGAUAGCCAAGAUGUAAAUAUAUUUACACCAUUAUUCAGCCUUUUGGCUUGUAUUGCUAGCUAAAAAUGCACUUUUUAUUCAAAUAAAAAUGUACUGACAAUA